GGCCAAGCGCGACAUGCUACCUCCAGGGCGCAACGGCACCGAAUCCCCUGUGCAGUUGGGGCUGCAGCAUCGGCUGGCACAGGGGGACCCCAUGGGGCUCUCGGCUGGGACGCCGCCGCUGGGGCCAGUACAGGUGGUCACCGCCAGCCUCCUGACCCUGCUCAUUAUUUGGACCCUGCUGGGCAACGUGCUGGUGUGUGCGGCCGUCGUGCAUAGCCGCCACUUGCGCGCCAAGAUGACCAAUGUCUUCAUAGUGUCUCUGGCUGUGUCCGACCUCUUCGUGGCGCUGCUGGUCAUGCCUUGGAAGGCAGUUGCCGAGGUGGCCGGUUACUGGCCCUUCGGGGCAUUCUGCAACGUUUGGGUGGCUUUCGACAUCAUGUGCUCCACCGCCUCCAUCCUGAACCUGUGCGUCAUCAGUGUGGACCGCUACUGGGCCAUCUCCACGCCCUUCCUCUACGAGCGCAGAAUGACCCAGCGUGUGGCCUUCGUCAUGGUUGGCCUGGCUUGGACCCUGUCCGUCCUCGUCUCCUUCAUUCCGGUCCAGCUCAACUGGCACAGGAACAAGGCAGGCUCCUGGGUUGGGGUGGACCUGCCAUCCAGCCUGGACAACGGGACGCCCUGGGAGGAAGCCGGGGCCCUGGAGGUGAGUGCCGAGAACUGUGACUCCAGCCUGAACCGAGCUUUUGCCAUCUCCUCCUCGCUCAUAAGCUUCUACAUCCCGGUGGCCAUCAUGAUCGUGACCUACACGCGCAUCUACCGCAUUGCCCAGGUGCAGAUCCGGAGGAUUUCGGCGCUGGAGAGGGCGGUGGGGUAUGCGCAGAGCUGUCGGAGCUGCACAACCUGCGCACGCGACACCAGCCUGCGAGCUUCCAUCAGAAAGGAGACCAAAGUCCUCAAGACCCUGGCGGUGAUCAUGGGGGUCUUCGUGUGCUGCUGGCUGCCCUUCUUCGUCCUUAACUGCACGGUGCCUUUCUGCAGUGGACACCCCGAGGGCCUGAGGUCUGGCUUCCCGUGCGUCAGCGAGACCACCUUCGAUGUCUUCGUCUGGUUCGGCUGGGCUAACUCCUCGCUCAACCCCAUCAUCUACGCCUUCAACGCUGACUUCCGGAAGGUGUUGGCCCAGCUGCUGGGCUGCAGCCGCCUCUGCUCCCGCACCCCGGUGGAGACGGUGAACAUCAGCAACCAGCUCGUCUCCUGCAACCCAGACACUGUCUUCCACAGGGAGCCUGCAGCUUCCUGUGUGCCUGUGAUCCCCAACGCUGUGGCCCUCACGGUCGGGGAGAGGGACGACGAAGAAGAGGAGGGCUCGCUGGGUCAUAUGUGCCAGAUGACUCAGACGUCCUCAGGUGGUGACCCUGCAGCUGAGUCUGCCUGGGAGCUGGACUGCAAGGGGGACAUUUCACUGGACAAAAUAACGCCGUUCACCCCAAAUGGAGUCCAUUAA